GAUUCGCUCUAUAUUCGCUUAGGUCCCUGUGAGCGCGAGCAGAUGAGGUGAAUUCGCAGCUGUGCCUCAUUUCUGUGUCACUUUACGCCACGCAUGGGGGAUAAAUCGUGUAAUGCAUCGCAAACUCGGCCAAAAUCAAUGAAUGCGAAAGAAAAACCGGCUUGGAAAACACACAUGGAUACCAGUAGCGAUAACUCGAUGGAGUACCUGGUGAGUGAACUGAACGUGUUGCUGAAGCUGCUGGACCAUGAGAGUGUGAGCACAGCCACAGCAGAGAAGAUGAGUGUGAUACGGAGCCUACUGGGGCAGCUGCAGCCAUCAGUGAAUGGAUCAGACUUCGUAUACAUGAACACUUCCCUUUAUGGAAAUGGCACCAGCUUUGUGGAAUCUUUGUUUGAGGAAUUGGAUUGUGACCUGCAUGAGCUCAGAGCCUCCCCAGAAGAACUGAAGGAUCAGGUAGAGGAGAAAACCUCCAAAAUACCACUGUCGAAAAGUCCCACUGACACCCCCCCUCCUCUGCCAACCACCCCUCCUCCAGAGGACUACUAUGAGGAGGCAGUGCCCCUGGACCCUGGCACGGUGCCCCAGUACAUCACCAACAUCGCCACAUGCAUCAGCUCAAGUCCCCCAAAUUCCAUUGAAGAUGCAUACUAUGAAGACGCUGACAACAACUACCCCACCACCCAAAUCAAUGGCCCGCGCAAGAACUCCUACGCUGAUUCAGAUGCGCUGAGCAGCUCCUAUGAGUCGUAUGACGAGGAGGAUGAGGAGGCGAAGGGCCAGGACAGGACUCGGCGGUGGCAGUCAGAGGAGAACUCUGUGGGCCCCAUGAAGGACUGUCGCAUCUGUGCCUUCCUGUUGCGCAAGAAACGCUUCGGACAGUGGGCAAAACAGCUGACCGUUGUCCGUGACAACAGAUUACAGUGCUACAAGAGCAUCAAAGACAGCAGCCCACACAUUGAGCUGCCGCUGAACCUGUGUAACGUCAUCUACGUUCCCAAAGACGCACGCCGCAAGAAGCACAAGCUGCGUUUCUCCCUGCCUGGGGGAGAGGCCUUGGUGCUGGCUGUCCAGAGCAAGGAACAGGCGGAGCGAUGGCUCAAGGUGAUCCGGGAGGUGGUCAGUCAGGCCAGCAGCAAUGACGGAUUAGAGGGCUCCUCCUCUCCUAUGAUCCAGAGGAAGAAAGAUCUGGACAAGUUAGUAGGAGCUGACAAGCACGCCUCCGACUCUGACAGCGUGGCCACUGGUGACAACCUACCCUCUGGUCAGCUCCGGGACAACUGUGACCAAGGGAAGGGGAAGAGGGGGGCGUUUACAGAGCUGACGGGAUCUAUGAGCAGAGCGGCUGGACGGAAGAUCAACAGGAUCAUCAGUUUCUCUAAGAAGAAGCCUCCUCUCCCAGGAGACACUCUGACCUCUUCCUACCGUGACGACAAUCCCCGCUGUGGUUAUCUAAAUGUGCUUGUGAACCAGUGCUGGAGGGAGAGAUGGUGCUGUGUAAAGGGUGGAACACUGUACCUGCACAAAGAAAGGGGUGACCUGCGUACUCACGUCAGCGCUGUGGUCCUCCAUGGGGCCGAGGUCGUACCUGGACUGGGGCCCAAGCACCCCUUCGCUUUCCGCAUCCUGCAAGGAGGCAACGAGGUGGCUGCAUUGGAGGCCAGCUGUUCAGAGGAGAUGGGCCGCUGGCUGGGGGUCCUGCUGGCAGAGUCUGGCUGCGCCACCACCCCAGAGGCCCUGCACUACGACUAUGUGGACGUGGACACCAUCACUAACAUCACAGACGCAGCAAGACACUCCUUCCUUUGGGCUACCUCCUCCAGUGGCGCCUCCACAGACACCAGAACCUAUGAUGAGGUUCCUUAUGAGGGUGUAUUGCAGCCAGAGAAGCCAGUACCCAGACCAGGAGCGCAGGUGAAACGCCACUCUUCCUUCUCCAGCAGCAGAGAGAUAGAGAAGGCGGAUUCCUUAGUCACCAUAAAGAGACACGGCUCCAGUAAGUCCCCCGAAGAUGCGAAUCAGUAUGCAUCAGGGAAGUAUGGCAAAACACGAGCCGAGGAGGAUGCCAGGAGGUACCUGAAAGAGAAAGAAGAGAUGGAGAAGGAGCGAGAGGUCAUAAAAAAUGCCCUGCUCGUAUUACGCAAUGAUAGGAAAGAGGUGAAGGAACAACUGAAGGAUGCUACAGGUAAGCAGCAGAAGCAGCUAGAGAAGCGUUUGGCCCAGCUGGAGGAAAGCUGCAGGGGGAAGGAGGGGGAGCGGGUGGACCUGGAGCUGCGUCUCAAUGAGGUGAAGGAGAACCUAAAGAAGUCCUUGGCUGGAGGGGGGCUGGGGCCGCUCACAGAGAGCAAACCCCCCACUAGCAAACCCCCCAGAAAGGUCCGGAUCAGUAAAGUUGACAACACAUACACUGAGGCAUCCAUGCCAGUCAACUGUGCUGCGGAGAUGCGGAAGUGCCCCCCAUCCAUCUGUUCAUCUAGCAAGGGGAACGUCAUGCAGAAAGCCAAGGAAUGGGAGUCCAAAAAGGGGACUUAGAAAGACACUGCUCAUUCAGAUGGUCAGUCAAAUGCUUGUUGUCUUGGAACAUGUUGGAGUUGAUUUGAAAAAGGAGGAGGGGUGAAGCAGGGACUCCAUUAUCUUCAACUUUUCCACUUCCCUCUUGGAGAGCCAAAUAUUUACUGCACAUCGCUGAGCUGAAAAAAAUUGUGACAGGGGAAGACAACUCCUGGAAUUGUUGAAAAACAUCAUUCAAAGCCCUACCAGUCACUAGGAAACACUGAAUGCUCAUUUUGUAGCAUGACACUUGUUUUGUGAUUCAGUAAUUGCUUGUGUUGCAUGUGGUAUUGUUGUUCCUUCAGAGUGUGGAAGAGGAUAUGUUCUGAGGACUCCAUGUGGGCACAUCAGGCUGGACUUGAGAUGUUGAGAGGAGAGAUUUUUAGAGGGUGAAUAUGCAUACACAUUAUGCACAUAUCUGCAAGAAUAGAUAAUAAAGGGAAAGAGAAUAUUGUAUUGACUGUGAGAGUUUGUUGUUGGAAUAGUUGCCUAAAAGAGAUACUGUAUCCCAUAGAAAUACCGUUUUAUGCUCCGCUACGUAAGUCAUUUCGAAACAUGCACAGAUGUUCAGAGUGGGAGGGGGAAAAAAACCUUCCAUGAAGUGCAUCAAACAUUAUUCCAGAUCUUGUUUUAACAACUUGCCGGACCACAGACAGAAAAACACAAGACACAUUAUGACACAUGUAUAAAUGAAUUGUUAUGGUAAUGUGAGACUAAUUAUGUGACUAAACAAUGAUGUUUCCGUAUUACGUAAUUCACUCACCGUUUCUCACUGUAAUGAGACUUUUACUUCUAAUGACUUUUGCACUUUACUUUAUUUCUAUGUGUAUUGUACAUAAAAGCUCUUCAUUGAAA